CUUGGCUGGUGAAGGUGUCCAUGGAGAGCUGCCCUUAUUUCCAGCUGGCGUGCCCCAGGGAUGUGUACCAUGUGGUGCCAGCAGGCGCCUCUGCCCCUGUGCGCAUCCGCUUCAGCCCCGCCGAGAACAAGGAUUAUUGCCACGAGCUGGUCUGCAUGACAUCAAGGGAAAGGAUCGUUGUGCCCAUCCGGGCCAUUGGUGCCCGAGCUGUCCUGGACUUCCCUGCCCAGCUGGACUCCUCCAAGUGUGCAGUCCAGGGCAGCACCCAGAAGACUCUGCUGGUGCACAGUGUCGGUACCCGGGCAGCUCGUUACCAGCUGAGCACCCAGAGGCUUUCCCUACACCCAGCGCUGUCGCCUCACCAACAGCUCCGCGGUGCCGCUGACGUUCCAGCUCCGCAUGUCGGACGAUGGCACGCAGCCGGCUGUUGACAGCGUGGAUCAGAUCCGCAGGCACAGCGACCCAGCCUGGA